AUGAACCACCAGCAGGAGGAGGAGGACGAGUCCCGCCACCUCCUUAUUCAAAGCUUGAUAGAUAAUGAUACUACCCACCACGGCCUCUGGGAGGAGCGACACCAGAACUACCCCGUCCGCCGCUACGAGCAGCAUGGCCUCCUCAAUCGAAACACGGUGCCAUACAAUGCUAACAACCCUCACCAGCUCCAGAACAUCCACCAGCAAAAUCAGGGACUCCUUCAGGUUGACCGGAACAUGGUGGUAGAUAAUAUGAACCACCACGUCCAACGCCACCGGGGGCUGCAGCAGAACCUCGUCCACCAGAACACGGCGGUACAGGGUAUUAACAUUCAGCAGCAGUACCAGAACUUCAACCAGCCAUGGUACACGAGGCUAAAUAAUACAACAACCAGCUCUCAGCAGCAGCAGAAUCAUGUUCCGAUUCAGCAAUUCCCUCAGAACCAGCACAAUCUAUUAAUGUCUAAUAAUGCUGCAGUUGUUCCACCGAAUGGCGAAAACAUAAUUCGGAAUCUUCCUGCGGGCUAUAGAUUCGUACCCUCAGACGAAGAAUUGGUAAAUAAAUACCUAAAGAACAAGGUUGAGAACAAACCCUUACCUUGUAACGGGCUUAUUCAUGAUGUCCAGAUCUACGACUCCAAUCCUUACGAACUCAUCGGUAUGUUUCUCUCUGAAUAUAAUGCUUAA